GAGGUCAGAGGGUCACGGCGGAUGACGUCAUGCGCUAAAGAUGGCGGACGGAGAAGGAGGAUGGUGGGGGGGCUGGCUAACACAAAGCUUCCAGACCGUCAAAGAUAAGUCAGCUGAGGCAUUAGAAUUUAUCAAACGGGACCUGACAGAAUUCUCCAGCGUGGUCCAACAUGACGCGACGUGCUCUAUUGUUGCCACAGCGAACGUUGUUAAGAACAAACUGGCAGUGGAAGGUUCAUCAGAAACCGCAGAAAAAGUGAAGAAAAGCAUUUCCAAUGUUUUGGGCGUGAUCACAGACACUUUGUCCCCUCCCGCAGACAUGACUAUUGACUGUGAUGUCAUAACGUUGGUAGCCACGCCCACAGGCACAACAGAGGUGUACGACAGCGGCAAGGCUCGACUCUACAGUCUCCAGGCAGAUCCUGCGACAUACUGCAAUGAACCUGACGGCCCUCAACAACAGUUUGAUGCCUGGCUGUCCAGUUUCAGUCUGGAAGAGAGAAAAGUAGAAAUCUCUGAAUUGCUGGUCAAUAGUCCAGCCAUCAGAGCGCUCUACACUAAAAUGGUGCCUGUAGCAGUAGCACACUCCGAGUUCUGGCAGCGGUAUUUCUACAAAGUUUUCCAGUUGAAGCAGGAAGAGGCCAGGAGGGUGGCAUUAAAGCAGAGAGCAGAACAGACGGCUCACUCCGAGAGUCUCGGUUGGGAGGAGGAGGAUGAAGAAGGUGAGUUUCUCGGGGCUACAUCUACAUCUCGAUUAGAUUUCACUCCCCCUUGUGAGGAGACACAAGAGACCACUCCAGAAAGCACCUCACCGCCUCAGGGGGUGGUUUCCCCCGGCAACGUAACGUCUGACGUCACCCCCUCUGCGAGCAGUGACAGCGUCAGUUUCCCCACCCAGAUCGAAUACCAGUCGGACCCUGUCACCAUCAGAGUGACCCAGAUGCCGCCUGCUGAGGAACAGCUCUCAAUCAAACUCUCAGAGGUCAGCGUGCUGGACAUGGUCCCAGAGGAGAGACCAUCACAGCGUGAAGAGACCACCAAAGAGGAGGUACCUCAAGACCUCAGAGUGUUUGAGCUUAACUCGGAUAGCGGAAAAUCUACACCUUCCAAUAACGGCAAGAAAGGUUCAAGUACAGAUGUGAGUGAAGACUGGGAGAAAGAAUUUGAUCUGGAUAUGACAGAAGAGGAAGUCCAGAUGGCUUUGUCUAAAAUUGAUGCAACAGAAGAGUUGGAGGAUGAGGACUGGGAAAACUGGGAAUGAUAACCUGGUGAUGGGAUUGCUGGCCUGACAUCAAUGCGAGACGUUGGUGUUCACCAAACCAUCCAUGCUUAUGUAUUUAACUCCUGGUCUACAGCCACAUCUGCUCAUUCAAGUGAACAGGUCACCCCCUCUCGAAUGACAUUCACAUCCAAGAUAAACACACAUCUACAAAGCUCAUCUGAAGUAUGUCCUUUAACCGUGCCGAUGAAGGGGUGAAACACUAAGACUGUUCAGAGAAGUAUUGGUUAAUGCGGAGGGAUCAUUUUUGCUUGCCCUAUGUAAAUUCAUGUUAUUCUUCUUUUAAGAUUACAGCGAGAAAUGGAAACGAAUUACCAGAGCUCCUGAUUAGCUGUAUUAUAUGACGCCGUUCAUCGUUCUUAUAGAAUUAGGAUAUUCUUCACAUGAAAAUAUAUAUAAGUUAUGUUUUUGUUCUCUUUACAUACUAACACCUUUAGUCAUAUCAAGUUGUUCUAGCAUUGAGAAUGGGAAUGGAGUUACGCCUUUUUCGCUCUGCUGGUCUUUCAUGGCCUUGCUCAGUGUUGUGUGGAAUUAAAGAAAAGGUAUGAAAAGUAAAAAAGUGAAUAUUUCACUAAACACAACCAGUUGCUUCUUGUGCUGUCCACUUUCUUUUUCUGUCCUGUCUGUAUGCGUGUCAAGUUUCUUCUCAAAUUCGUUUGAAAACACAUCAAAAUAUGGCCAAAAUCUUCUUUUAUCAGAGCCUGAGGGAACUUUAAUUUAAGAAAUAUUUUCAAUUUACUACGUUUGUCUGUUUGGUUUAAAAUGCAAACCAUUCUGAUGUACCGGGGAUUCUGACUUGUGUAGAGAUAGCCUAGAAAAACUGCUCAUUUUGGAUGAAUACAGCAUACAAAUUAAGAUAUUGUAAACUAUACUGCUGUCUUCAGAAUGCCUUGUCGCAAGUAAUGCUGUUUGUCUAAAGUAUUUAUUUAGUCCUUAAUUUCGAUUUAUAAUCUGUGUCAAUAAUGAUUAUCAUGCUUGUCAAUAUUUUUUACAACUAUAUUGUCCUCUAUUUUUCCAAUGAGCAUCACCAUUAAAAGCAAUAUCAUUCAAA